UUACCUCGCGCCCGCGGUGAGAGGGUUCGAAGAUGGCGGCGCGCAAGGGUAGGCGGCGCACGUGUGAAACCGGGGAACCCAGGGAGGCCGAGUCCAGCGACGCAGGGACCGAAGGCCCGGCCCAGGUCUACCUGCCCGGCCGCGGACCGCCGCUGCGCGAAGGAGAGGAAAUGGUCAUGGACGAGGAGGCCUACGUGCUGUACCACCGAGCGCAGACUGGAGCCCCCUGUCUUAGCUUCGACAUAGUCCGGGAUCACCUGGGAGACAGCCGGACAGAGCUUCCUCUUACACUUUACCUGUGUGCUGGGACCCAGGCGGAGAGUGCCCAGAGCAACAGACUGAUGAUGCUUCGGAUGCAUAAUCUGCAUGGGACAAAGUCCCCGCCAUCGGAGGGCAGCGAUGAGGAGGAGGAGGAAGAUGAAGACGAUGAAGAAGAGCGGAAGCCUCAGCUGGAGCUCGCUAUGGUGCCCCACUAUGGCGGCAUCAACCGAGUCCGGGUGUCAUGGCUGGGCGAGGAGCCGGUGGCUGGUAUAUGGUCAGAGAAGGGCCAGGUGGAGGUGUUUGCACUACGGCGGCUUCUGCAGGUGGUGGAUGACCCCCAGGCCUUGGCGACCUUCCUCCGGGACGAGCAGGCCCGUGUGAAGCCCAUCUUCGCCUUCGCGGGCCACAUGGGCGAGGGCUUUGCACUGGACUGGUCCCCCCGGGUGUCUGGGCGCCUGCUGACUGGUGACUGUCAGAAGAACAUCCACCUCUGGACGCCCACGGACGGCGGCUCCUGGCACGUGGACCAGCGGCCAUUUGUGGGCCACACACGCUCUGUGGAGGACCUGCAGUGGUCCCCAACUGAGGACACAGUGUUCGCCUCCUGCUCAGCUGAUGCCUCCAUUCGCAUCUGGGACAUUCGGGCUGCCCCCAGCAAGGCCUGCAUGCUCACCACCGCCGCCGCCCACGACGGGGAUGUCAACGUGAUCAGCUGGAGCCGCCAGGAACCCUUCCUGCUCAGCGGCGGGGACGACGGGGCCCUCAAGAUCUGGGACCUGCGGCAGUUCAAGUCUGGCUCCCCGGUGGCCACCUUCAAGCAGCACGUGGCCCCCGUGACCUCGGUCGAGUGGCAUCCCCAGGAUAGCGGGGUCUUCGCGGCCUCGGGUGCGGACAACCAGAUCACACAGUGGGACCUGGCCGUGGAGCGCGACCCCGAGGCAGGCGACGCAGAGACCGCCGACCCCGGGCUGGCGGACCUCCCCCAGCAGCUCCUGUUUGUGCACCAGGGCGAGACAGACCUGAAGGAGCUGCACUGGCAUCCACAGUGCCCCGGGCUCCUCGUCAGCACCGCCCUGUCGGGCUUCACCGUCUUUCGCACCAUCAGCGUCUGACCAGCCCCGCCUGGCCUUUCCCACAGCCACCGAGGUUGGCGUUGGUUCCGCCGGGAGGGACUCCUUCAGGUCAGCUGACCAGCCCUCCUCCGAUAGAAGGACUUGGCCCUUCAGCCGCCGUGAUGGAAUGUUUGACAUUUUGUUCUUUGAAAGGACUUGAUUUGGUCCCACGACCCCUCUUGCCAAACCGAUCUGGUUUGACCCAUGACUGUAGAGCUACUUGGUUCAGUCCAGGGAGCCCUCCAAACACAGGGCUCCGAUUGGCGCCGGGGACCCCUCCCGCGGAAAGACCUGGUUUGGCCCUGGCUGCCCGCCCUCCCCCCACGUGUUUGAGGACCUGCUGGCCUGUUUCCCAGGUGGGCCUGGUGUGGCCGGUGUCACUGUGGAUGUUUUGUGCGCUCUGGCACCUGGCUUGACCCUCUGACCUCUCCAUCCCAGGACCCAGUGGUGGCCUCUGGUCGCCCCGCCCCGCCCCCCGCCCAGGGAACUCGAGCACUUUACAGUGGGUGGGCCGCAGUUGAGGGGUGGGCUCCUCCAGCACAAUCUGGUUUUGCCCUCUGUCUUGCUGCCGAGCAGGGUUUGGCCUGGACUCCCCUCUGGGGGGCUGCGGGGGUCUUCCUCCCCUCCGUCCUGCAUCCAGGGCAGGUGCUGUGCAGGUAGGAAGGUCCGGGGCUCGUGAGGCAGUAAAGAACCAGAAGGAGG